AUGGUCGCAGAACACCUCACCGUGCGCAAUCUUACCCGGACGCCGGUCGUCCUCAAGCUGGUCGAGCGCUUCAGCCCUCCAGAUGCGCCCAAGACGCUGGCCAGCACCUUCACCACAAUGAUGAACAACAUCACAGGCACCCCAGCUGAGGUCACUGCCAUCCAGGACGGGGCUCAGUCCUUCGCCCGGCAGGACGUCGACAUCCGUGUUGAGCCUUUCUCACAUGUAGCUAGUGAUGUCAGGUCCUUUGACAAGUCGGACAAGGAGCGCAUGCGUCUCACCUUUGAGGUCGAAGGAGACCACUACCAGAUCCAGGUCCCAGUACCUACCAAGGAGACCAUUGUCAUGAAGUGCCUCUCUCCAAAUCCCCGCUUCCAUUUCACGGGUGUCUUCAACGCGGAGCACGCCCAUCUUGCCCUCUUUUCGUCUGCCAAUCUCAACUGCUGGAUGCGCGAGCUCAAAGAUGAUAUCCUGACCUCAGCCCUCUCUAUACCGGGUACUCACAACUCUCCCACAUGCCACAUUGCUCCUCCUUCUGUGCGCUGCCAGGCAGUCAGUCCACGCGAACAGCUCGAUAACGGUGUCCGUUUCUUCGAUAUCCGUGCUCACCCCCAGUGGCCGAAUGAUGCAGCCAAGGACGGCCUCCUGCUUGCUCACAGUGUCUUUCCCGUCUCCCUCUCUGGCCAAAAGACGUUCAGGGAAAUGCUUGGCCAAAUCGAGGAGUUCCUUGACCGUAACCCGUCCGAGACUCUGAUCAUGUCUCUCAAGCGUGAAGGCCCCGGAGACCAUAACGACCACCAGCUGGCCAACAUCAUCAAAACGCACUAUACCAACGCAAAGCCAUCACGUUGGUACACUGACACCAAAAUUCCCACCCUGGGUCAGGUAAGGGGUAAGAUUGUGCUUGUCCGCCGCUUUGAUAUCCCAGAUCAUCUCAAGAAGGAACACGAUGGCCGCGGCUGGGGUAUUGAUGCCACCGACUGGGCUGAUAAUACAGACCAUGCCGUCUCUUCCAGCGGAACACUCUGCAUCCAGGACUUUUACGAGGUCCUCGAGACAGAAAACAUCGAAAAGAAGAUUGGGUUUGUUAACGCCCAGCUCUGCCGAUCGGCUGAAUGUUGCUACCCAAUGGGUAACGUCCAGCCAGAUGGAGAUCGGUGUCCGUAUUAUGUCAACUUCCUGAGUGCGAGUAACUUUUGGAAAGUUAAGACUUGGCCUGAAAGGAUUGCUGCCAAGAUUAACCCUGCUACGGUCGAUUAUAUCUGUCGAAGCCACAAGUCAGAGAAAGGUGACUGGUCUACUGGUAUCAUCGUCUGUGACUGGGUAGGCAAAGACGGUGACUGGGAUCUGGUCAGGUGCAUUGUUGGUAUGAACACCAAGUUGGAAAAGUAG